UAUUAGAUCGAAGUUAAAUAUUAGAAUUUGUCUUCAUUUUUUUCUAAAAUGGAAUUGAUACAGAGAUCCUUUUACAAAAUUGUUUUCGCAAUUUUACUCCAAUAUUGCAUAAAUUCGGAAGGAUUAAGUUUGGAUGAGUUUGGUUAUUACGGAAACCUUGUUAUCGCAAUUGACGAAAGAACGGUGCAGAACGAGGUGCAAAAUUACACGGAGAUAAUUAAGAUGGGAAUUCAAGACUUAUCUGAUCUACUCCACUACACGACGAGUGGAAGGUUUUCAAUCCAAAAUGUGGACAUUUUAGUCCCCGAUCACUGGGACGUGGGGAUUGAUGGGGCUUCAACAUUUCAGUCCUAUGAAGAAGCAGAUUUUAAAAUUUCACACACAUUUUCUCUCCCAUUCGUGAAUAAUCCAAACCCUUGCGGAUUACCGGGUUACGAUAUGCAGCUUCCCUAUAACUUUUUUGACUUUGGAGAUUCCGGAAAUUAUGGCCGUUUAGGGACAGCGUUGCUUGUACAAUUUGCCCGACUUCGAUUCGGGGUUUGGGAGGAACACGGCUUUCCUGGAGAUUCAAAGUUUCCUUAUUACUGGAAACGAUUGCUUGGAAGAGAAUGGGAGAUCAACGCUUGUACCAACGUACCAAUUGGAGGAGUCUACAAGACCAUACCUAGCGGUGCGCCUUGUGGUCCAGACCCGGACGAUGUUGAUAACUUAUACCCACCAAGAAGCGAUUGUCGAUUUUUUCCAAAUGAGUUUCAGACGGCAAAUUCCUCGUUGAUGAGCUACCAUUACUUACCUACGUUUGAAGCCUUCUGUAAAAAUGAGACGCAUGAUGUCUCUCAACCUACCCCCCAAAACUACUAUUGUCGUUAUACGAGUGUGAUGGAUGUCAUGAAAAAUACGUCAGAUUGGAAAAUGGUCACCGGAAAUAAUACGGCGGGUCGGAUCGGGUUUCGAGUGGUGACAAGAUCGGAAAAACCGAUGCUCUAUAUUCUUUUGGAUGCUGGCUUUACGCAGGUACCGGCCCAAAUUCUGCCACAAAUUUCUUCCCGUCUUUCAACUUUUAUCCAAUUUCGCGAAAUGCGCAGUGUUGUCGCUGGCCUUGGAAAAUUUCCGGGGGACGAUCCAAACCAAGCUUUUACCGAGGUUAUACCUUGGACUUCGAUUAGGAACGCUAGCCAUGAAUUUGUGAGCGCAUUUCACUCAACGUUUGGUAAUCAGGCUGGAUUUAAAGACUACGCUGGAGCAUUGCGCGAACUAGUGGUUUCAUUCAAUCGGCGGAAACAUGCAGCCGGAGCUGUAAUUUUGAUUGUCAAAUUGAGUCCUGAACCAAAUACGGGUCGUCUAACCAUGGAAAGCCAAGUGAUAAUUCCUCUCUUACUCUCGAACGUGGCAGUAUUUGCUCUGGAAGUGCAUGGAAGUCCGAUCCAGGCGGGAAACGCGCUGGAACACGUGGUCGAAAAGUCGGAAGGGUUGCAUUUAAGCAUUUCCCAGCCAUCCGACCUUGGUCAACCCUUUGACGAUUUUUUGACGGCAUUGACCACCACGCUUGCGCAAGGGCGGGUCAUCCGAAGUAAAAAAUAUGUCGUCGGAAUGGACGAAAUGGUUCGUCACCAGGGGAAAGUCGGGUUUGCGUCGAGUUCAAGAAUCACGCAGUUCGAACUGUUCGCAACGCCGUUGACGGGACGGUUUUCCAGCGCCAGGUUGUGGAACGGGACGGAUGGAAAUUAUGGGGACGUCGUUUUACAGGGAAUGAAGUGGGAUUCGGCCGAAAGUGGGGGGACAAAUGGGCGGAGGAACUUUUACUUUUCGUCACCAGAAGGAGAGGAACCGUUGAGUAGCGUAAGAUGGACGUCUUUGUCCAUCGGGUGUGACGAUGGCCCAUGCAUCGCUCGUGUCACCGUUUUGUUGCAAGUGGAGGACUUGGACUUAAUCCCGGAAGAUGUCAAACUCACGGUCACAACGUCCGCGAUGAAUGGGAUUGUCGACUUUAAACACGCGAACGCUGGGUUAUACACCGGCACAGCGUUUGCCAUUUAUGCAAAGUUGGAGCAGGAUGGGAUUCCCUUCCAGGCAACGCCCGGCCUUGUCGUGACUGCCGUAAUAUCUUGCCCGACAGCACCAGACGUCCACACGUGGUCAGUCGAACUUCGUGACGAUGGAAGCACUUCACCCGACAUGGCGACGAACGAUGGCAUAUUCUCGGGGGAAUUUGUCCCCACCAUUUAUGGCAACCCGGCAGAUUUCGAUGGCAUGUACGAAAUCUUCGUCACUGCGAAAUUUGAUCCCCCUGUGGAGGAAACUACCACGCCCUGGCGAAUAAUGGAAGACGCAAGUCAAAGAUUUUCCUCGAUUGGGAGAUUGUUUCCAAUUGAUCAGAGACAAAUUGGGUGUGGGAGUGGUUAUCUGGGCUGCUGGAGUAAAAUUCCAGAGGAAGCUUUCAUCAUUAGUUGUGACCUCGAGAAGAGCGUGGAGUUCGUCAAUUUCGGAUUAUUUAGGGCUUAUCCGACGAGAAUCGUGGACUUGGUGGUUACUCCACUUGGCAACAAUUUCGUUAAUCUGCAAUGGACCGAACCGGGAAUUAAAGACCCGAACCCGAAUAAUGACGCGCAAGUGGGUGCUUAUGAAAUUCGUCAUCAAGACGAAAUUAGCAAGCUCUUAUACCAAUUCGAUUCUGCUGAAAACCUGCCCGGAAAUAAGAUCCCGAACACAAAACCACCCGGAAGCAGGCAAAAUGUCACGUACGAUUUUGGCCGGGAAGCCAGCAGAUAUUACGCAAUACGAACGUUAGGUCAAUCUCAAUCAAAUGGGGUCGAAACGUGGUCAGACUUGUCGGUCAUUGUGGGCGUAAAUAUAAAAACCACGUUGGACGCGAGCACCACCACGACCACGACGACGACAACGAUUCGCCCCACGACUAGAACAACGUUACCACCACGGACGACCUCACCCGGUUCGACAACAAUGGAGGAGGAUGUUUCGACACUCAUUACGACGCCAAGAACGACCAAGGCGCGUGGAACGACGACGAGGGCGACAACCACCACGACAACGACGGUAAAACCCAGCACUUUUGCCCCUCGGGGGACGGAUGCCCCCAUAAAUCACUGGUUUGAAACGACCGAGGGGAUCAUCACGAUAUCCGUCUUUGGGGGAGCAGUUUUCACCUUAUCUAUUCUUGGGGGAGGAUUUUACAUGUGGCUUAUCAAAUUUAGAUACAGAUCAAUUUGAAUAAAUAAAAACUGGGAUUUUUAUGAAUUGUGGCAGAUAAGAAUUAGUUUGGAAAAUUUUAAAGAAUUGUUUUCUGUGUAAAUAAACACGUA